AUGAGGCACGGAAGAGAGUGUGUGGGCACAGGCCAGGGCUGCAGGGGCCUCGAGAAGGAGGGGGUGGUCCGGGGCCGAGAGAUGAGCCGCCACGCCAACCGCACGGUGGCAGGGGUCCAGGACCGCGUGUGGGACACCGCGGCCGCGUUGAACCGCACGGCAGAGCCCAGCCUGCAGAGCCUGGAGCGGCAGCUGGCCACGCGCCCAGAGCCCCUGCGCGCAGUCCAGAGGUUGCAGGGCCUUCUUGAGACGCUGCUGGGCCACACCGCGGCCAUCCCCUUCUGGAGGAACCCGGCUGUGUCCCUGGAGGUGCUGGCCGAGCAGGUGGAUCUCUACGACUGGUACAGGUGGCUGGGCUACUUGGGCUUACUGCUGCUCGACGUGGCCAUCUGCCUGCUGGCGCUGGUCGGCCUCAUCCGCAGCUCCAAGGGCAUUCUGGUCGGGCACACGAGGUACACGCAGAUGGCCGGCCUCACUCGGCCACCUCGACCUCUCUCUGCAGACAUCUUGGAGUACUACUUGGCCUGCUCGCCCCGUGCCUCCAACCCCUUCCAGCAGAAGCUGUCUGGCAGCCACAAGGCGCUGGUGGAGAUGCAGGGCGUCGUGGCCGAGCUGCUGAAGACCGUCCCCCGGGAGUACCCGGCCACCAAGGACUACGUGCAGGCCCUGACGGGCUUCUGCUAUGACGGCGUCGAGGGCCUCAUCUACCUGGCCCUCUUCUCCUUCGUCACAGCCCUCAUGUUCAGCUCCGUUGUCUGCAGUGUGCCACACACCUGGCAGCAGAAAAGAGGCCCCGAUGAAGAUGGGGAGGAGGAGGCGGCCCCGGGGCCCAGGCAGGCACACGACAGCCUCUACCGCGUGCACAUGCCCAGCCUGUACAGCUGCGGGAGCAGCUACGGCAGCGAGACCAGCAUCCCAGCUGCGGCCCACACCGUCAGCAACGCCCCGGUCACCGAGUACAUGAGCCAGAAUGCCAACUUCCAGAACCCCCGCUGUGAGAACACGCCCCUCAUCGGACGCGAGUCCCCGCCGCCCUCACGCUAUCUGGCAGGCUGGCAGUUUAAGCCCAUGGAUAGUGCCCGAACGCUGUGGUGGCCGUACCCUCAGAGUGACAGGUACUGA